AUGUCUACAACUUCACGCCGGCUCGCGCUUUUCCACUUGCUUCUUCCAUUUUGUUCGUCGAGAUCAGGGCAACGUUUUGGCGCCCGGCCAAGGUUGACCUUUUUACGAGGCUGUUGA